AUGACAGAAUUUCCGCCGCAUUUCUCACCCCACCUCUCGAGCGCUGCACGAGAUGGCUUCGACUUCCAGACACCGGCGCUCAACAUAGAGACGCCUGAACAUGAAGUCGACGAUGCGCGCAAUGGACCACCGCCCUCUAUCAUAUCGCCCGCCUUCACUCCCCCCGCGACACCGGGCAUGUCGACGCCGUCGCAUCCACGGCCGCCUCGCUCCAUACCAGUCGACACCUCAUUGCGCUCUGACACGCCGCGACCCGAACUGUUGCCAAAACUGCCUAUAGUUGAAUGCGAAGUACGCGCGCGUAUACCGACGACUACUGGGCACGAGAUGUGGCUGCACGUAUACAGGAACAAUGUGGAUACCAAGGAACACCUUGCAAUUGUCUUUGGCAGUCACAUUCGCUCGCGGUCGCUGGAUGCAGAGAGACCAGGCGAGACAGAACUGGAUCGCAUGACGAGAGGCGCAUACGUCGGACGUCUAUAUCCGGGAAGAACCAGCUCGCGCGUCGAACAACUCAAGCGGGCAGAAGGCGUGCCCGCUAAACGGCAAUCUUCGUCCGACCCCGCGCACGUGAAGCAGAGCAAUGGGCUGCUGUCGCCUUCCUCUGCAUCGUCGUCGGAGAACGGCGAUGUACAUCCAAUUUCACCAUCGGACCUUCCCCUCGUCCGAAUACACUCCGAGUGCUACACGGGUGAAACCGUCUGGUCGGCGCGCUGCGACUGCGGAGAGCAGCUUGACGAGGCCGCCCGGCUUAUGGCCGACCCCGCCCUGUCUCCCUCCGGCGGAGCCAUCAUCUACCUCCGACAGGAAGGCCGUGGAAUCGGGUUAGGCGAAAAACUAAAAGCAUACAACCUGCAGGAUCUCGGCAACGACACAUACGAGGCAAACAUCAUGUUGAGGCAUCCCGCAGAUGCCCGCAGCUACGGCUUGGCUACCGCCAUGCUCAUGGAUUUGGCCUUGGACGGCGACCGAGGCAUACGGCUCUUGACCAACAACCCUGACAAGGUACAUGCCGUCGAAGGCCCAAAUAGAGAAGUCGUUGUAAGGGAACGCGUAGCCAUGGUUCCAAUAGCAUGGAAGACUGGCGGCUUGAAAGGCAUCAAGAGCGAAGAGGUAGAGAAAUAUCUAAGCACCAAGAUUGAAAAGUUCAAACACAUGUUGGACCAAAAGUAA